UGUUCGUCCCACGGGACAUCCAAGGCACCUGAGGUGUUCAAGGAGUGGGACAAGCUGGUGGUCCGGCUCGACAUCUGGCACCUGAUGCGCCGCUUUGCGUCGGGUGUCACCACCGAGAGCCACCAGCUGUAUAAGCCCUUCCUGCAGCAGCUGUCCUUGUGCAUCUUCCUGUGGGACCCAGAGGACGCAGCCCGGUUGCUCGACGCCAAGAAGAGGAUGCUUGAGGCGCAGGGGAUGACCUUCUCGUCCGACGCCGGAGUAUGGAGGCACGUCAGCCGCAGGGAUAUGGCUAUCCAUUGCCGUCGCCGCACGCGUGGAGCGGCGGAGACGGAGCGGCUGAUCGGUGACCUCCUGGAAACCUUCGGCGGUGCCAACGGACGGGACACCAUGGGGAUUCCCCUGCUGGACCAGGACCGCAUCCAGGCAAUCUGGACGGAGCAGCGGCGUCACCUCCAGUGCAUCCAGGACCCGCCCGACGUGGAGCUGUACACCGAGACGAGCAGGCUGACCAAGGGGGGGAUCAGCCUGCCGGUGUACCGUUGUGCACGAGGCUCCACGUCCCUGGAGUCGUUCCACCUGCAUCUCAACCGCUUUAUCCCAGGAGAAAGUGCCAAUCCAUGGCACUUUCAGGCAUUUCUCCUGGAGGGGUUGACGCGGUGGAACGAGGACAGGGCGGCGUCCGCGGCACAGGAGGGACGUCCGCUGCUCCGCUCCUACAGUGGCCCCCUGCAGCACUCCCUUGACCAGCUCAGCCAAAGGGUGCUUGGCACGAGUGUGGUCAAGGAUUACACCAAGCCCAGGGAGUACACCGGGGAGCUCAUCGGGAUUGAGUACCUGUACUCCCAGACGGGCAGAGUGCUGCAGGACGUCAGCUUGGACCCUGACACUCCGGACGCGGGGGGGGACGUUCCUCUUACCCCACCCACUGAGGAAGAAUCUGACGUCGCCCACGAGGAGGUGGAUGACCUCACCCUCCACGUGCCUGGCGUCCCAGCUCCUCAGUUGGACCCGCGGUCAGGGCAACCGGCUGACGCACCCGCGCCCGAGCCAUCCCGUCCGACCACUGCCCCCGAGCCCGCACCCCACUCCCCCGGCCGGUCCUCGUCAGAGCCUCAGCAGGCUGCUGAGGACUACAGAGGACCAGAUGACCAGCCGGGGUACCUGGCCGUGGUCCAGUUGGCCACGGCCUUGGUGGGGUUGCGUUUCGAACCGGCCUUGUCCGAGGGGAGGGUAGAUGAGCUAAUCAGGCUCUACGAGGCCCUGUCAAAAUUCGACAGGGACCGAGUAGUUUACCCUCCCCGCUACAGGGACAGGCCAGCUCGGGGGCGCUUCAAGGCAGCGAAGCCUAGCCGCACCAGUAUACCUGGUGUGGAGAACAUGAGACGCUGCCUGGUCGGACAGACCUCUGGACCUGCCAGCAGUCCCAGUGCAAGCCGGCUGGUAGAGGCAGUGUGCAUCCAGCUCUGCCGCGUGUGCCCCUCAGGCACCCGUGUGAGCGGUGCCCGGCGGUCGCGGUGGGACAGCAUAACUGCUUCGGUACCAGCACAUCCGGGACCUUGUGCUGGGCCACCAGAGGCUGAUGGCUCGGGUGCCCAUCCAGCUCUAUGAGCUGAAUAGCAGGACCCUCUCGCUGUGGUUCACCAGGACGCAGCGGGAGAAGGAGAUGGCUGUGCUAGCUCCAGGCGUUGCAGCAGAGGGACGACCACCAGCGGUAGCGGGCUCGG